CAGGAGUGGCUCGCUGAAAACCAGGUCAGCUGGUUUCUAAAGGAGGGUGAUGACAUCUUAACGGUGGAGCCCAUCAAGAAAUCAUUCUAUCGGCUUUUUUACCCGGAGAACGGCACAAAAGUUUCGGGAUUGCAAGAGUACAUCUACUUCACAACCACAUAUCCUCCACCUACCCGUAUCGAACCUACUAUCAAAAAACUGUGCUGCAUCAAGUGGGAUCUGGUUGUGGACGUGCUAUCACUGCCAACCAGGACCAACUCACUGGGCAAGGUAUAUUAUAUAUUGAACUACGAAAUCGACAUGAUGUGCUCUGGCUCUUCUAUCGAUUUUGCGGUG